GCCAUUUUAUACAGUCCCACCUUGAGGUUCCAUCGGGUUCUACGACUUCGCCGUGCUUCGCAGUUCGCAUCCAUUCGCAUCCAUUGCAGUUCGGCGCUUCCUCUGAGCGUGACGCUCAUUUUACUCAGUAUUCUCUCGAGCAUUUGGUGUGAAUUUUCAUUGAAUUUCUUGUUCAAUUGUUGAUUGCUGUUUGGAAACGUGAAUAUUCGGAUUUUUGGAAGCAACAAUGUCGUUUAAUCGUGGCAUCAAAAGAAAUUCCUUCGGCAACAAUCGAGGGCCGUUUAACCGAGGGAGUGGAGGCGGUAAUGUGGGCAUUGGCGGUGGCAUGGGGGGCUCCGGGGGUGGCAGUACUGGUAAUCGUGGAGUCAGCCCAUGGGAGAGUGGAGUGAUGCCACCGGGACGGGGCAUUCUACCCACGCCGAACAACAAUUUAUCGCUGAAUUCACCUCAGGCUCAGCUGGUUAUUGCCAGUAACCUUUUGAGUAAUUUGCUGAGGACUCAGCAGGACUCUUCGCCACCGGUUCCAUCCUUACUGAGCCUUGGCAGCAGCAUGAACGGUCCUGGCCCCAAUUUCCGCGGCCAACAGGGCUUCAGCUCCUCAGGUCGCUUCAACGACAGAUCGAUCAGAGGCAACACCCUGAAAAAUCAGCGAUCUCAACCCUACAACAAGAUGGGUAACCGUGCCCGCGACGGACGGCGUGGCCCAUCAUCCGCACAACAAUCUCGUUCCCAGUCCGGCAAUCAGCGUGCCAAUGGAAAUCAAAAUCAGCAUCGCAACGAUAAAAACUCUAAAGCAAAUACUGCUAAACAAAAUCAGACGUCCAAAAAGGAACAGCAGGAUGUUAAGAACUCUGAUAAAGAAAAGCCGAAUACCGAGACAGUUGUUAAAAGCAACGAGAAACCAGGUGAGAAAGAUGACAAGAAGACCGAAGUUAAAAAUGAGAAAGACGGUGACACUCCCAUGGAGACUUCGGAGACGGAGAAGACGACUGAUGAGGGGAAAGACUCUGCGGACAAGUCUGGAUCUCCAGACAAGAAGAAGGAUGAUGGCAGUGGCAAGAAGUCGGAGGCCAGGCAUGCUGAGAGCCGAUAUGCUGCAGUUGCCAUCAACCAGAUGUUCUGUCACGUGUGCAACAAGCACAUGUGGGAUGGAUUUUCAUUCGAGAAUCAUCUUCGUGGACGUGCCCAUCAGCUGAUGAUGGAUAAACUCGAUGAAUCGUACAAGCUGAAGGUGGACCUUAUGCGGCAUGAGCUGAGAGUGUCAGAGGAGCAGAGGGAGAUGAGCUUGAAUAACUCGAAACGUCGUGGCAAGAAGGUUUCAGUGGACCUCAACGUUCGUGAGUACUGCACAAUGUGCGACUUGAACUUCUUCGGAACGCUCUCCAGCCACAGGAAGAGUGACAAGCAUCAACAACUCAAAACCUUCCUGCAUCCUCGGUGCGGCCCUUGCGUGAAGGAGUUCCCCUCCAGAAUAGAGUACGACGAGCACUGUCUGACCCCCACCCACAUGGUGGCCGCAGCGCAAGAGGAGCAGAAGAAGACCAAGAAGGUCAAGCUCCCCAAAGGAGAGUCAGAGGUUCGCACUGCUGAGGACGAGGAGAACGAGUCUGGAUCUGCGUCCAAGACCACCGACAAGGACGAAGAGCCCCAAGAAGAGAAGGACUACAUCACGGACAUCAGUGAGAACAUGGACACGACUAAGGUUCCCACCUUCAAGUACGCUCGUCAGAAGCAGCUUGCUCUUGGCGCAUCUAUGGUGAAGGAAGUCACAGGUUUCCACUGCGAGAAGUGCAAGCGUUUCAUGUUGACUCAGGAGGACGUGAAUGCUCACUUGAAGACCAUGGUCCACUACAGGAACUUCUUUAACGAGGUGAAAGCUCUCAACGUGCCUCCACCGGCUGCAGAGAAGUCUGAGGAAGCCUCAGAGAACAAAGAGGAAGAGUCUGCUGCAGCAGAGGAUGGCGAGAGGGAGGCAAAACGUCCAAAGCUCGAGGAAGAUGCUCAGAAAGAGACCGAAAAACCCUCAGAGGAGGAAAAGUCCGCUGAACAAGAUGAAGCAGCUGACGAGAACGAUAAAGAGGAAGGAGACGACAAAUACGAUCCCAUGGAGGCUGAUGGAGACUCUGAAGAGGAAAAAGAUAAAACUGAGCAGGAUGAGGUGGAAGAAAUAGAUCCCAAGAAAGACGACGACAAGGCUGCUGACGUUUGGGAGGACAUUGAUAACGAAGACGAGUCAGAAGUGGGUAAUUUGAUUGAUGGGGAUGAGAAGAUCGAGUCUAUUCCACAAACUCCUCAGAGCAAGUCACAGCCUCAGAAUACGUCCACCCCAGCGGCUUCAACACCUGCAACAACUCCAUCAGCUCCAGCCACUCCAUCAACUCCAGCCACUCCGUCAACCCCAACUCCUCCUGAUCCUCCAAUAAUCAGCAAAACCCCCAGCAAUCACAGUCCCAAUAACUCGUCCAUAAACAACUCUGCGAAUAAGAAUCGUGGUCGAGGAUUCCGCGGUGGUGGCCCCAGGGGACACCAACGGGCCAGACGUUCUCGUCGAUAAACAACUCAACUCAAUGAUCGAAUAUCACAACUACGAAGGAGAAGUAAUAAUUCCUUGUCUGUAUGGAUCGUAUCAUGUAACGUCAGUGUGAGGAGUUGAAUAUGUAGACGAUUAUAAAUUUUUAUAAUAUGCAGUUUGUGCUCAGUAUCAACUAGGACAACUAGGAUUUUUCUUCUCUUCGACAUCAAUAUGAUGGAUUUUUCAUUAUAGCCAUGAACCAUGUGUCUAGGAAUUUGAAAGACAUUUGUUUGUCUUGUGUAUUGAUUAAUUGUGACGACAGGACGUGAAGUUUCAUUCCAGAAUUUUGAUUAAAUAAAUGAAUAUCACGUGUUUCAUUGAUUUCUCUUCUGUAUCAUGAAAGUCAGUAAUAAAUAAAUCAAUUAUGGUGUAA